ACCUCACCCUUAAGGCGGACGUUUAUGCGUUCGGGAUGACGGUCUUAGAGCUAAUGUCGCAUCGGGAACCGUGGUCGCAAGUUCGAUUUCCUUUCCAUGUGGUAGCCAAAGUGUCAGAUGGUGAGAGACCUCUCCGACCGUCCGACAAGGAGACGGUUUCCAGGGGGCUGGACGAUCGGCUUUGGGAACUGUUGGAGAGUUGUUGGGAGGAAUUUGAGAAUAGACCCACCAUGUCGGAAGUUCUUAGAAAGUUGUAGCUGUCGCUUGCGAAACGAAGCGGGCGUACUUCCCGUCGCCGCGUUGACAUUGCACACAUAAACCCACCAAGUGCCACUUUGUACUACACCUCGUAGUAUCACUUGUUAGCCUCUUCUGUGAUGCAUCCAUUCGCGCCCUACGUUCUCCGUAGCUACUACAGGGCGACGGGGUGGAAUGAGGACAAUCUCUACUCGAACUUGACCCGGUCCUCUAACGCUAUUCUGGACUUUGCUGUCCCUAGAGGCCUGCACUUAUCAGUCUCCAAGUCCCCAAAUGCCUUCUUCAAUACGUCCUACACCAUGAAUGCCUUGCCAUCACUAAACGGCUCGGUGGGGUACAUUUUCACGUCGCGCGAGCUCGACAUCAAAAAUUCUAGUGAUGUCAACCUGAAGGACAUGACAGAGCAUUUCAACGUGUAUGCCCAACCUCGCAGACCAGAAGGCCAGGAAGAAGUAUGGCUCGCUGGUGAAAGGGUUGACACACGAGAUUAUCUUCUCUACGGACGCCUGUACCUGCCUACUGGCCGACUGGACGCAUUGUACUCGACUCGCCUUUCCCCCACAGUCCAAGGGCUAGUUGCGGCUAUCUCUGGUCCUCCUUCGAGUCUUGUGACCGAAGGUAGGGCACGAGGAGAUAAUCCUAGCAAUAUAAUGUUCAGCCUGCAACAUGAUAUCGGCAAAUGGUGCACAGAAUACACUUGGAGUGCAGACGAUGGUAUGUGGGGCGUCCGUGUCUUGCAUAACUUCGGUAGGUUGGGUAGUCCUGUAGAACCUCCAGAGGAAUCAGCGACCGGUCCUCGGCCCAAACGUGUGGAUGAGGAAGAUGCGACAGGAGGGGGCUUGAAGGGCCGCGUUUCAGCAGGUGCUGAAGUCUACGUCAGCGCCAAAGAGAAAAGUGCAGGAGUCUCCCUCGGAGUACGGUUUACCACACUGCCCGAUACAGGGCUCUCCUCGCAGACUCGUGGGCCUGCUCAGCCCCCAACGACCAUUACAGGGUUGUUCAAUCCGAUGAUGGGUCAUCUAUCCGCAGCUUAUGCAGCCAGGGUUUCUCGGGAUCUAUCGCUUUGUUCUCGCUUCGACUUCAAUGUCUACAGCUAUGACAGUGAAUGGACUAUGGGGGCUGAAUGGUGGAUGCGUCGCUCCCUUCCCCAGUCUCCUUCACAUGGUGAGCGUACGAGGGCCAGCUCCCUGCCUGCCGAGAGAUGGGAUCAACAACCUUCCACAAUGGCAACUGACCUACGAGGAGUCGUCAAAGCGAGAAUUUCCACUAAUAAUAAUGUCGCACUUUUGUGGGAAGGGCGGUUGAAGCAAAUGCUGGUCAGUCUAGGGGUCAUUUCUGAUCUUUCCAGUCGUUCCAAGCCGGUCAAAGCAAUCGGGCUUGAGUUAUCUUACUUCAGCACAGGCUGACUGGAUGUGUUGAGGCGAACAACCAGUCGUUUGAUAUAUUACAUACACCUGCAUCUGUAUGAAACCGGUAUCCGCGUAGCGAUGUAAGAGCCGCGGGAGGAAAAAAAAAAAAAAAAAUCGCCGUUUUCCGGCCGGACGGUGAAAGGGAUGUCACUAUGCACAUAUAAAUGCUGCUUGUAUAGAUCAAUGUAAGUAUAUAAGAGCGCACUCGGAAAAUUAAGAUGCAACGGUAGAAUCUUUUGUGACGGGGAUACCCUUGACUACGUGAUGC